AUUGCAACUUACACGACCACACCUCAAAUCCGUGCCGAAAUUUCCUUGUGCGACCUCACUCGCAACCCGCCUACAAAUAUCGCCAUUUGCGACCAAGACCAAACCAGCAAAGACAGUCUUCAACAUGUCGACCGAUCAUAUCCUCACGCUAUCCUGUCCGGACAAGCCUGGUAUCGUGCACACCGUCACUGGCAUGUUGGCCAAGCACAAUCUCAACAUUCUGGAUCUGCAACAAUUUUCCGACCCCGAGAGGGAGAAGUUCUUCAUGAGGGUACAUUUCGGUCAUGUCGAGUCGACCGAACAUCUUGCAGAGCCAUUCGAGGAGUUGGCUACUGGUCUCAAGUUCGACGAGUACAACAUCGUAGCCAGAGCCGCCAAACCACGAGUCCUGAUCAUGGUCAGCAAAAUCGGCCACUGCCUCAACGACCUCCUCUUCAGACAAUCAACCAACCAACUAAACAUCGAAGUCCCUUUAAUCGUCUCCAACCACCCCGAGUUCGAAAACAUGGCCAAGACCUACAACGUCCCAUUCCACCACCUCCCCGUAACAAAAGACACGAAAUCCCAACAAGAAAGCCGGAUCUUGGAACUCGUCAAGGAGCACAACAUCGAGCUCAUCGUGCUGGCACGAUACAUGCAGGUCUUGUCUCCGACGCUUUGCGAGGCGAUGAGCGGCAAGAUCAUCAAUAUUCACCACUCUUUCUUGCCUUCUUUCAAGGGGGCUAAACCGUACCAUCAGGCGUAUGAGCGUGGUGUCAAGAUUAUUGGCGCCACCGCCCAUUUCGUUACGGCGGAUUUGGAUGAAGGGCCUAUUAUCACGCAGAGAGUAUCGCCGGUGGAUCACAGUAUGACUGCGAAAGAGCUGGUCGAUGAGGGAAACACCAAUGAGGUCCAGACCCUAGCCGCCGCGGUCAAGAAGUGGUCGGAGAAGAAGGUUUUCCUCAAUGGAACGAGGACGGUAGUGCUCAGCUAG